GGUUAGUUCAGGUCACACCAUAUCCACAAGUUGAGGAAAAACUGAGCGAUUGUGCAUGCAAAAAUGUCUUCUGAAACCGUGGAAACUGCGAGUGAUCCCGGCCUUUUGGCCGGGGUUGCAGGUCUUGUGGGUCUAGAUGCCCCAAGCUUUCUUUAUCUCAUGACACUGCUUUUGUGUUAUCCACUGUGCUACAUUUCCAGGACCUACUUGCAUGGCCAGUCACAAUUCAUCAAGCAUGUCUACUUCAUUCUGUGUGGCCUCACCCUGGCGUCACUGAACUUUGGCUAUGACAUCGUCUACUCAAUGAUCUCGGUGUUGGUCAACUACGUCCUGCUGGUUACUGUAGGAGGAAGCCAGCUGUCUGUGGCUCUGUCCUUUGCUUUCAACAUGGGUUACCUGCUGACUGCGUACGUCUUGCUCUCCACCGACGGCUAUGACGUCAUGUGGACCACGCCCCACUGCAUCUUGACCCUCAGGAUGAUUGGCACCGCCUUUGACCUUUUUGACGGCCACAAGGACGAGAGUCAACUCAGCGUUGAGCAGAAGCAGCUGAGCAUCAAGACCGUCCCCUCCCUCCUGGAGAUGUGCGGUUACACCUACUUCCCCGGGGGGUUCUUUGCGGGACCCCAGUUCUCCAUCCGACGGUACCUGGACUUCACGGCGGAGAAACUCCUAGACAAUGACCAGGGGCACCCGCCUGCCUGCGUCAUGCCGGCGCUGAGCCGCCUCGGUGCGGCAGCUGUGUACGCCAUUCUGGAGUGCGUACUGGCGCCAAUGUUCUCCAACGCGCUCUUGCAGUCGGAAGACUUUGCCAAUUCGUCGCUACUCUACCAGAUCGUUGUGGUUGGAAUCUGGCACAAGAUUGUGUUCUUCAAGUACUGCACGGUGUUUCUUAUUGUGGAUGGGUCCUGCAUCAUGAGCGGCCUGCCCUACAACGGCAAGGACGAGAACGGCAAUGCAUUGUGGAAUGCCUGCACCAGCGUCAUACCAUGGAAGUUGGAGACAGCGACGGUCACCGCAGAGUACAUCCGCUCCUUUAACAUCACCACCAAUGUCUGGGUGUCCAGGUACGUCUUCAAGAGGCUGAAGUUUCUCAACAAUCGCUACAUUUCUCAGACGGCCGCCGUCAUGUUUCUGGCUGUCUGGCACGGCAUGUACGUUGGCUACUAUAUAUGCUUCGGGUUGGAGAUCUUCGUCACUGCCACAGAGACAUUUGUACAAGACGCAGUCAAGAGAUAUCCCCCUCUCACCAAGCUUGUCAGCAACCCCGCCCUAAAGUUGCCCAUCUUUGCUCUACUCAAGAUCACCGUUUCCCUGUCUGUAGGCUACCCUCUCGUGGGUUUUGUUCUCCUACGAUGGCGAAGGAUACGACUGGUGUAUGGAGCCAUGUAUCACAUCCCAACCCUGGUGCUGAUUAUCUUCCCCUUCCUGUAUCAGAUGGUCAUCCUGCCUCGCCUCAAAAAGAUGGAACGAGCUGCCAAGAAAGCUGCAGAGGCUGCUCAAGACACUAAGAAUUCUGAAAACGAAAAGUCGGACUGAAAGAAAUCAAGAAAUAACUACGGAAGAGAUACAGCAUUGGGUGACUGUUAUCAUUACCUGUAUUAAACUAUUCCCAAAUCUACCAAAAUCAGAAUGCAGAAAAUUGAUUGAUUCUAAUGGAUUCAGAAUUGAAGUUUUUGUCAAAUUUUCUUUUUUUACUUUGUCCACAUCAUGUGGUCAUAAAAAGCAGGUGUGCAGAAUCUUACAAAACCCCGCAUGCAGUCAUGACUGUCAGAUUUUGAUGGAAGUGGACACUGUUGCAAAAUGCGAAUUGGUAGAUUUUGGCAGAUUUGGUGGUGUUGCAUUGAUUGUCUCAAAAGUAUGUAUAUUAAUCUUACCAGAAAUCAGCUUCAAGGCAAUAUACAACAUUCGCUUAACUUGAAUUGCUGUCAUUUUCUGAAAUAGAUGGAUUUGGGGGUUAGGCCAAAAAAAAUAAGUCUCCGGUUUCUGGUAUGCGCGCGCGUCGCCGUAGCCAUGCGCGUCGGCAAAAUGAAA